AUCAAAACAGAAAAAUACAUUUGCAGUUCUGGUCCAAUGGACGCCACAGACGAUGUAACGUUAAACUUUGGCGAGGAAGAUGAAAUAGACAGAAGACGAAUCUUAAAACACCCCAUCGCUGUGUUCUUUCAUGUGAUGUUCCGGUCUGCAGCUGUUCUGGCUUACUUAUUCUGUGGCUGGUUCAGCAGUAGCUUCAUCACUAACUUUGUCCUCAUUGUCAUUCUCUUGUCAAUGGACUUCUGGACUGUGAAAAACAUUACAGGAAGGUUACUCGUGGGUCUAAGAUGGUGGAAUUAUGUGGAUGAUGACGGCAUUAGUCAUUGGGUAUAUGAAUCCCGGAAGGGUGUUCACCAGAAGAAGAUUACAGCUGCAGAAUCGAGGAUAUUUUGGCUUUCACUGGUCGCUUGUCAAGUUAUCUGGAUAGUUUUCUUCUUUGGAACUUUAUUUACUCUUAAUUUUAAAUGGUUUAUGGUUGUGUUAGUAGGGACAAUAAUGAAUGGUGCAAACAUGUAUGGUUACAUUCGUUGCAAAUAUGGAUCAAAGAAGAAGCUGACAUCGGUUGCCACUGGAUUUCUUGGGCGACAGUUAUGGAAAUCGAUGACAACACCAGAGUCUGAGGAACAGAGUAGCCAAAAAUAGUCAACAGAUGAUCUUUAUAAAUGAAGUGAGCGAAGUACAAAUGGACCUAUGAAUAGCUCAUAGGUAUCAAAUCAUGGAUAUAUGGGUAACUAACCAAACACAGAACUGCAAGAUCACCCUGUUCCCAACCUAUCAUGUGAUACUUGCUAGAUUGGUGGAAAGAUCUGACAAACAUUGGCAGAAUGUUUUUAUUGAUUUAUCUAUUUAAACGUUAUACACACAAUAGUAAUGUAGCUGAAUGUAUAACUUAUGUUGAUUUGGAAACAAAAAUUACAUCGUUUUACAUAAAGCGAAACAAAUUUCAUUGAGCAGCAAUAUUUCCAUCAACUUGUGAACAUGCUAUGAUAAAGUGUAAUGUAAACCUGUGUUUAUACAUGGAUAAGGUAAUUUUUUUAUAAUAUUAUAACUGGGUUAACUGUAAUCAUUUAUAGGGAAUGUCUUCUCAAAUAAAUAACCAAAUGUAGUGACAUGUCUGUAUAUAGGGGUAAUAGUAACCAGUUACAAGGACAUAUCUGUGUACGGGGGUAACUGUAAUCCAUUCAAGGGACAUGUCUGUGUACUGGGGUAACUGUACUCUAUUACAGGGACAUGUCUGUGUACUGGGGUAACUGUACUCUAUUACAGGGACAUGUCUGUGUACUGGGGUAACUGUACUCUAUUACAGGGACAUGUCUGUGUACUGGGGUAACUGUACUCUAUUACAGGGACAUGUCUGUGUACUGGGGUAACUGUACUCCAUUACAGGGACAUGUCUGUGUACUGGGGUAACUGUACUCCAUUACAGGGACAUGUCUGUGUACUGGGGUAACUGUACUCUAUUACAGGGACAUGUCUGUGUACUGGGGUAACUGUACUCCAUUACAGGGACAUGUCUGUGUACUGGGGUAACUGUACUCUAUUACAGGGACAUGUCUGUGUACUGGGGUAACUGUACUCCAUUACAGGGACAUGUCUGUGUACUGGGGUAACUGUACUCCAUUACAGGGACAUGUCUGUGUACUGGGGUAACUGUACUCCAUUACAGGGACAUGUCUGUGUACUGGGGUAACUGUACUCCAUUACAGGGACAUGUAUGUGUAUUUAGGUAACUGUACUCCAUUACAGGGACAUGUAUGUGUAUUGAGGUAACUGUACUCCAUUACAGGGAAUGUCUGUGUAUUGAGGUAACUGUAUUCCAUUACAGGGACAUGUCUGUGUACUGGGGUAACUGUACUCCAUUACAGGGAAUGUCUGUGUAUUGAGGUAACUGUAUUCCAUUACAGGGACAUGUCUGUGUACUGGGGUAACUGUACUCCAUUACAGGGACAUGUCUGUGUACUGGGGUAACUGUACUCCAUUACAGGGAAUGUCUGUUUACUGGGGUAACUGUAUUCCAUUACAGGGACAUGUCUGUGUACUGAGGUAACUGUAAUCCAUUACAGGGACAUGUCUGUGUACUGGGGUAACUGUACUCCAUUACAGGGAAUGUCUGUUUACUGGGGUAACUGUAUUCCAUUACAGGGACAUGUCUGUGUACUGAGGUAACUGUAAUCCAUUACAGGGACAUGUCUGUGUACUGGGGUAACUGUACUCCAUUACAGGGACAUGUCUGUGUACUGGGGUAACUGUACUCCAUUACAGGGACAUGUCUGUGUACUGGGGUAACUGUACUCCAUUACAGGGAAUGUCUGUGUAUUGAGGUAACUGUACUCCAUUACAGGGACAUGUCUGUGUACUGGGGUAACUGUACUCCAUUACAGGGACAUGUCUGUGUACUGAGGUAACUGUACUCUAUUACAGGGACAUGUCUGUGUACUGGGGUAACUGUACUCCAUUACAGGGACAUGUCUGUGUACUGGGGUAACUGUACUCUAUUACAGGGACAUGUCUGUGUACUGGGGUAACUGUACUCCAUUACAGGGAAUGUCUGUGUAUUGAGGUAACUGUACUCCAUUACAGGGAAUGUCUGUGUACUGAGGUAACUGUACUCCAUUACAGGGACAUGUCUGUGUACUGGGGUAACUGUACUCCAUUACAGGGACAUGUCUGUGUACUGGGGUAACUGUACUCCAUUACAGGGAAUGUCUGUGUACUGAGGUAACUGUACUCCAUUACAGGGACAUGUCUGUGUACUGAGGUAACUGUACUCCAUUACAGGGACAUGUCUGUGUACUGGGGUAACUGUACUCCAUUACAGGGACAUGUCUGUGUACUGAGGUAACUGUACUCCAUUACAGGGACAUGUCUGUGUACUGAGGUAACUGUACUCCAUUACAGGGACAUGUCUGUGUACUGAGGUAACUGUGCUCCAUUACAGGGACAUGUCUGUGUACUGGGGUAACUGUACUCCAUUACAGGGACAUGUCUGUUUACUGAGGUAACCGUACUCCAUUACAGGGAAUGUCUGUGUACUGGGGUAACUGUACUCCCUUUACAGGGACAUGUCUGUGUACUGGGGUAACUGUACUCCCAUUACAGGGACAUGUCUGUGUACUGAGGUAACCAUACUCCAUUACAGGGACAUGUCUGUUUACUGAGGUAACUGUACUCCAUUACAGGGACAUGUCUGUGUACUGGGGUAACUGUACUCCAUUACAGGGACAUGUCUGUGUACUGGGGUAACUGUACUCCAUUACAGGGACAUGUCUGUGUACUGAGGUAACUGUACUCCAUUACAGGGAAUGUCUGUGUACUGAGGUAACUGUACUCCAUUACAGGGACAUGUCUGUUUACUGAGGUAACCGUACUCCAUUACAGGGACAUGUCUGUGUACUGGGGUAACUGUACUCCAUUACAGGGACAUGUCUGUGUACUGAGGUAACUGUACUCCAUUACAGGGACAUGUCUGUUUACUGAGGUAACUGUACUCCAUUACAGGGACAUGUCUGUGUACUGGGGUAACUGUACUCCAUUACAGGGACAUGUCUGUGUACUGGGGUAACUGUACUCCAUUACAGGGACAUGUCUGUGUACUGGGGUAACUGUACUCCAUUACAGGGACAUGUCUGUGUACUGGGGUAACUGUAAUCCAUUACAGGGACAUGUCUGUGUACUGAGGUAACUGUACUCCAUUACAGGGACAUGUCUGUGUACUGAGGUAACUGUACUCCAUUACAGGGACAUGUCUGUGUACUGAGGUAACUGUACUCCAUUACAGGGACAUGUCUGUGUACUGGGGUAACUGUACUCCAUUACAGGGACAUGUCUGUGUACUGAGGUAACUGUACUCCAUUACAGGGACAUGUCUGUGUACUGAGGUAACUGUACUCCAUUACAGGACAUGUCUGUGUACUGAGGUAACUGUACUCCAUUACAGGGACAUGUCUGUGUACUGAGGUAACCGUACUCCAUUACAGGGACAUGUCUGUGUACUGGGGUAACUGUAAUCCAUUACAGGGACAUGUCUGGACUGUGAUCAUUUAAAUCCAUUGACCUUGUCACUGAACACUGUUAUUUUUUUUUUCCUUUUUUAAUUAUAUAUGUAUAUUAGAACAAUGUUUAUGGGUAUUGUAGUAUGUCUCCAAAAAUGGCAUGUAUUUUAGACUGUGUUUUAAAUUCACAUCAUUCCAUAUUGGUAAUGGAAACAUUAAUAAGCUCUUUCAUUAUUUAUGUUUGAGAUUUGCGAUGCAAGUGUGCUACGUGAAAGGAAUUGUGAAAGGUGUGUUACAAGGUAGAGAUUUGUGGAAGAGGUGAUGUGUUUUACCUGCAUAAAUAGAAGAUGUAUUCGUGUUGUUACCGGCAAGAAAUUUGUCAGUGCAAUAUCGUAAAUCUGGAAAACCUUUUUAUUAUGUUUUCUGUAAAAGAGUUAUGAAAGCAGUUCAUGACUGAUACUUGAAUGAGAGAUUUGGUUGUUAUAUGUAACAUGAAUAUAGUAUUGAACAUUGUCAUGUAAAUUCUGGGACUCAAAACUAGCAACUGCUUGCAGUCUUGGCAACUAUCCUACUAUUUAUUUCAAUGGCAGAUUCAGAAUGGUGAAGUGAAAUAUCAUUUUCUAAUAUGUAAACACUAUACAUGUACUACAAAGACUUCUUAUCCUUGGCAGAAACUCAGUUAUUGAUAUGUGCAAAAUAGAAUUGUUCGGAGUCUACUGAUGCCUGGUAGGAAUAAUUCGGACGAUGGGGAAACUCCCACAAACUAAAGCUGGUAGAACCUUUACUCCACUAUAUAUUUAUGCAUUAUCAGUAUGGAUUUGUGGUUGGUGUGUUUUAUUUGUUGAUGACAAAGAUAAUACAGAUGUAAUGAUAUAACAAGUCUUUUCUUUUCUAAGUAUACUUUUGUAUAUGAAAUGGUAAUUUUCUGAAUUCUGACUUGAUAUAUUGAUGCAUAACCUGUAUGCAUUAUGGUUGGUGUAUGUAACUUAUAAGUAAGAGAUUUGUUGAAGGUGUAUAUGUGCAUCAUACUUUGAUGACUUUUGAAAGAAUAAACUACA